AACUAAUUUACCUUCAUUUUUCUCUCAUCCUUCUUCUGGUCUUGGUCCUCCCCUCUCUCUUUCCUCUCCCACCAUGGAUUCAGGACUUCUUACCUAAAAAUCAUAAACCCUUGACACCAAAUAGCACAAAAAAAGGAAAACAAUCUUCCAAAUUUCACAAACCCACAUCUCAAGAUUCACAAAUGUUUAAAACCCACAAAUUCAAAAUCACAAAAAGAGAUUCAAACCCUUUUUCAGGGUUCUAAUUUUUUCUUGAAUUCUUCCUUGUUGUUUUCAUCUCUUCACAGGAUUUUGAAGAGUGGUAUGUAUAGAUCUGGAUUUGUGAUGGCUUGGAAUGUGUUUAAAUUCUGUACGGCCCUUAGAGGGUUAGGCUCGAUCAUGAUCUUGUUGGUUCUUGGUGUUGUUGGUGUCUCUUAUUACGCCGUCGUUUUGUCAAUCUACGGCCCUGCUUUGAUCUCCGGUGGCCUUGAUUCAUUCAUCGCACUUGCUGUCUUGAUCAUGUUUCAUACCCUGUUGGUGAUGCUAUUGUGGAGUUAUUUCUCUGUGGUUCUCACGGACCCUGGUGGUGUACCGCCUAAUUAUAGGCAAAUGGUGGAUGAGGAAAGAGGGGAUGUUGAUCGAUUGGCUGGAUCUGAAUUCAGCCCAUUGGCCACACCUGACCCAGCAAAUGCAAGAGUUCGUUAUUGUCGGAAGUGUAACCAGUUAAAACCUCCUCGUUGCCACCAUUGUUCUGUUUGUGGAAGGUGUGUGCUAAAAAUGGACCAUCAUUGUGUGUGGGUUGUUAAUUGUGUUGGUGCACAAAACUACAAGUACUUCCUUCUCUUUUUGUUCUACACGCUUCUCGAGACAACGCUUGUAACUUUAUCCUUGUUGCCGUAUUUCAUAGAAUUCUUUAGUGACGGAGAGGUCCCCGGAUCCCCUAGCACUUUAGCAACAACUUUUCUCGCCUUUGUUUUGAACUUGGCUUUCGCUUUAAGUGUUUUCGGGUUUAUGAUUAUGCACAUAUCUCUAGUGGCCGGCAAUACAACAACAAUUGAGGCAUACGAGAAGAAGACCACACCGAAAUGGCGAUAUGAUCUUGGCCGUAAGAGGAACUUUGAACAGGUAUUUGGAACCGUUCAGAGAUACUGGUUUAUCCCCACUUAUAGUGAUGAAGAUCUACGUAGAAUGCCCGCCCUUCAAGGUCUCGAGUACCCCUCAAAGCCCGAUUUGGAUUCCCAAGAAUUCUAAAUACAACUCGGAAAACAAACAUUUUUCUUCAUUUACAACAUGAAUUCCGAACCCCCGGGACCUCACGUCCAUCAAAGCAGGUUACAACUUAUUUGGGGUAUCGGCGUUUAAACUUGCGUAGCAGCAGGUCUUGAGACGGAUAUGUAGGCGUUCGUCGGAACGGAGAAAGCGGAAUUCGGUGUCUUAGAGUAAUUGGGGUUCAUGAAGUUAUUGCAAGUUAUGUAUACGGUUUACACGAAAUGUAAAAUGAUAACGUUUUGACUAUUUGACCAUAUGUAUCGGUGGACUAGUUUUCGUGACGGUUCGUUUUUUAUGAAGGAUUCUGGUCGGAUUCUUGGGUGA